CCAUUGCAACGGCCGCUGCGUCGUGGUGGUGGUGGUGCUCGUCGCCGUCGUCUGCCGCCACCGUACGGACAAUGGCCUCGCUCUCUGUCGCCGGCCGCGCGCCGCCGUGCCCGCGCUUCAGUCCUUCUUCACCUCUCCGUCAGUCUCUGUCGCAGAGUCUGCUGCCGCUUAAAAGUGCCCGCGGCUGGUGUUUGGGUAUGGGGAAGCUUAGGCCGUGCUCCAGAAGGAGGAGAACUUUGAUAUGUGCAGUCAGUCAAGAUGCGGAAGAAGCUUUCAAAAAGACGGUAGAAAUUGACAGGUUGAUUGACCUGCUGAGGCAUGCAAAUCCACAGGAGCUUCAGAAAAUUGUUGCGGAGAACAUCCUGGCCUUUAAUGAGGGCUUCUGGAUCAGACUUGCUGCUAGAAACGAUACCUGCAAGUCAGAAGAUGAUAAAAAAGAUUACGAGGAAUUGGCGUUAUCUGUGAUGACCAUAGUGGACCGCCUGGUGCAUAAAACUAAUGAAAAGAUAGAAUCUUCGACUGAUGUUCUCAAGGCAAUUUUAAAGCCUGCUGUUGAUGAAAAGGAAGAGAUUCGCUGGCCUCCUAGAGACCCUGAGGCUCUUAAAGCAAUGGAGGAAGAAGUAAUGCAAAUGGAGCAAGAAGGUCAACUAGAUGAAGGAUUCCUUUCUGAAGUUAAUGCACAGUUAAGACAAGCAAAAGAAGAUGGGGACAAGCCCGGGCUUGUGGCUAUGCUACAGAAAGUCUUGCAACUUUAUGCUUCUACAGUUCUCUCCAAGCGCAGUUAUGCCAAGAGAGGAAAUGAAGUGUUGAAGGCUGAAGAGUUCCUGGAGGUCCUUAUAAAAGCUCCAGAGGAAGAAUGGAAUAAGCUAUUGCUUGAUGGCAUGACAGUCGGAAAAGGCGAUGUUUCACCAGAAGAUUUAUAUGCAGUCAUAAAGAAGCGGAUAGAGCGGACUUUGAUCCGAACAGAAGGAGGUUCUUACCAGCAGAGGGUCCUCACGGAGUAUCUAAAAGGCAUCCAAUCGAGAGCAGAGGAGAUCAUACAAGUAUUACAAGGAAAGCCCGAAUAGUGUAUGUUCAGCGUUGAUAGAUUUCUUGGGCAAUGCAUCAUCCCCGCAUGGCAUGAGGAAAAGCUAGCGUUUGGUUACACACAAAGAACAGAGAAGACAACAAUUUUAGAGAGCUUUAGAUUUUUUGACUUGAUUCCAUUCGACAUUCCAUCCGCACUCGAAAAUCUGUAUGGAGCAGCCCGAUUCAUUUCGGCCAAGAAAGAUGUGCAUUGUAGUUGUUUUU